ACAAGCAAGCCAAGGAGGACCCUGCGAGGUUUUUUGUGUUUUCCUAUCUGUUUAUUUCUCCGAACAUACUGAGUUAAAAAAAUAUAUAUAUAUAUAUAUAUAUAUAUAUAUUCUGGUGAGUCUUUCUCUCACCAAAUGCAAAACUUCUGCGGUCAUUUCAUUCUGAUGAUUUAGCUGUCUCGUGUCGGGACAGCUUGAUAUUGUAAGCUCUGGACAUAUGUGGGAUUGGACGAGGAAUGCUGUCGUAACGUUUGAAGAACACAGUUGAAGGUUAUUUUAAGUCUGAUAAGGCAGAGGUGGACAUGAUGGCUUCCUCUCUGAUCAUUCUGAUAGCCUGUUUGUCCUCGUUGCGUUUCGGAGGCGCGUUAUUUUCGGGACCUCUGCCACCGGAGAUGUCGAACGGCACUUUUCAUCAUUAUUUCGUGCCGGAUGGAUUCUAUGAAGACAACGACGACCCCGAGAAAUGUCAAAUGCUAUUUAAAAUGACCGACGAACGCAAAUGCACCCUGGACGAGGACCAGGACUCGGUGAUCCGGGACGAUUUUACCAUCAUUAAGCGUCACAUCGAAGACUCGGCGAGGGUGCUGGAGGGAAUCGGGAAGAGCAUCUCCUUUGACCUGGACGGAGAGGACAGCUACGGGAGAUACCUGCGACGGGAGACGACCCAGAUUACCGAGGCGUUUUCCAACUCAGAGAAGUCUCUGCUGGAGCUGGAAGUGAAAUUCAAACAGAGUCAAGAGAACGAGCUGAAAGAGGAGCACAAGAUCAGCGAUGACGUUCUAAACAUGAUCGUGCACACACGGGACGUCCUGAAGGAGACACUGGACAUCUCACUGGGAUUGAAAGACAAGCACGAGCUACUGUCACUCAUCAUCCGGAGUCACGGGACCCGGUUAAGCCGCCUGAAAAACGAGUAUAUGAAGGUGUAGAGGACUGUUUGGAAUUUUGGCCAAAUUGAUGCAUCUAUUUUGUGCAAAAAGUGGAAGCCAAUAUUCACAUAAUAUCUGCAAUCAUACACGAAGACAGUCAUUAAAUACGUUAAACUUAUUGUUGCAGCUCAUAAUGCUGCAUCUCAGUCUCAUCAAUAUAGAGGGUUUACCUCUGAGAGGGACACAAAAACUGAGUUAGAUGCAGUGUUGCAAUGCUUACAAAUAUUUUCUCUGAAAAAAUUGUAGGUUGUGUUUGUUGAAAGGCAUUACUUGCACUUUGAUUUGAGAGACAAUUAAUGUAAACAUAAGGAAUAUAGUUUUGAUUGUACAAAUUUAACUUUCAUAUUAAUAAUUAGUUUAUUACAAGAGCAUGUUCUUGGAAUCAUUUUUAACCAUUCAGACUGACAAUCCUCCAAAAAAUAAUGGCAUGAAUGAACAAUAUAUUAUUAAUUUCACUAUUAUUGCUUUCUAUAAUACGUUGGAAGGGGAUUUUUUUUUUUUUUUUUUUUUUGCUCUUCUUUGUACGUUAUUACAUGUUGUGUCCCCUAUUAAAUAGAUAUGUUUUAUAUUUAGAUUUUAAAUAUAUUAAGAUGGUGAGUGUUUAUAUUUAUGAAAAAGCUUAAAUGUAUUCAUUUAUGAGAUUACUUAUCUUGUAAUUCUCUGAAAAGUCAUGGAAAAAUGACCAUCUGGGAUUCCCAGACACUCCAAAAUGACUGCGGGCAAAUAUAUUGGACUUAAAGCAUUUGACCAUAAGUAGUUCCAUUCCUGAGAGAUUUUUUUGUUCAUGCAGCUUGUGUAAUAAAAACCUUUU